AUGAGCAAACUGGGAUUGUCAUCGAGCUGCCCGUACGGAACAGCGUACUCGAGUGGCAAGUCAGGGUUCACGAUUGGAAUCCUACAAGAAGCGAAUGUUAGAAGCAACUUCACAGUUCAACGACAAAUUCAACUCGGGUUUUACCAACUACGCCAAGGCAACCACAACACCUAUUCGAAAGAAUGCCCCACAUCGGAACGCUCGUGUUCAAGCGCUGCCGACGGCUGUGAUGGAGGCGAAGCGAGCCACGAUGCACAGCUACUGUACGACCAGUCCGACGAGGGGACCGACUACAUAGCUGGGGACGAGGAGGCCCAGGAUGAGGAAGCCCAGGAUGCGCAGCAAUCGAACGACAACCAUUUGAACGCUGUAGCCAUGUGCGGAUACUUGUACCUGCUACCAAGUUUGUCGAGCAAUUUCAAGAAUCCCACGUUCGACGCUAAAGCUGCGCAUGUAGAUGUACAAGGGUUAACCGUGAACGAUAUCAAGCCACAAUGCAACGGCCUAACAUCGCUUCCGCCGUCAAUCCUGUUCGUGGUAGAAUACGACACGUAUUCCACGACCCAUGGCCUUAAGUGUUCGAACACGAGCUGCGUGAGGUACCUCGUGUACAAUGGUGUGAGCUGUGGGUUCCUUCGUGCCACGCACGCCGUGUACUUUGACAUCGAUCUCUGCCACUACAUUCGCUCGGCAUGGCUCGAAGGGCCAACGUCAUUAAGGGGAACGUGGAGGACAUUGAUGGCGGUCCAUGCACUACUUGGGUACAUCUUGACAUCGUCGAUGGUUUGA